AUGAACCACUCAAGUGUGACAGAAAUCAUUCUUUUGGGAUUUUCUCUGAGACAUGAUAAUCGUAUUUGCCUUUUUGUCAUUUUCCUUCUUAUCUACAUCUCAACAAUUUUAGCCAAUGUCUUUAUUAUAAUUAUGGUGUACAGUAACAAUCAUCUUCACAACCCCAUGUUUAUCCUUCUCGGGAAUUUUUCCUUCCUUGAAAUUUGUUAUUCAGCAGUUACAGUGCCCAAAAUGUUGUCUGACUUAAUUGGUCAGAAUCCCACUAUAUCAGUGGCUGGUUGUAUCAUUCAGUAUCAUUUUUUCUCCUUGUGUGCUGCUACUGAACACUUUCUUCUUGUAAUUAUGGCUUAUGAUAGACACUUAGCUAUCUGCAACCCACUUCAUUAUGAAAGAAUAAUGAACAAUAAGACUUGUAUCCAGCUUGUUUGUAUAUGCUGGGUAACAAGUGCAAUGUCUCUUUCAAUACCUGCAUUUUCAGUGUCAAGGCUCAUUUUCUGUGGCCCAAAUAUCAUAGACCAUUUUUUCUGUGAAUUCAACCCUUUGUUACAACUUUCUUGCACAGAUACUUCUACCCUCCAGACCAUCUUCACUUUCCUUUCAUGGGUUAUAAUUCUUGGAUGCUUGAUUUGCAUUUCAGUUUCCUACAUACAGAUAAUAUUCACUGUCAUAAGGAUCCCUUCCAGCCUUGGUAAACGAAAAGCAUUUUCCACAUGUGCAUCACACUUAGCUGUGGUUGGAAUAUUUUACGGAACAGUCAUUUUUAUAUAUCUUAGACCAACAGUGGAGAUCCCAUUUCAUCAGAAUAAAGUUGUUUCCGUAUUUUAUAUUGUAGUAACGCCUAUGUUGAACCCCAUAAUUUACAGCUUUAGAAAUGAAUCUCUUCGUAAGGCUGCUAUUAACUGUAUGAAAACAGUAAGAAUGUACACGUUUAUGAGGAAGCUUGACAUCUAA